UGAGGGCCGCGCGCGCCGCCCGCCCCAGCGCCGCUCCCCGCAGGGCCGCGGGGCAGGGCCCAGGGGCCGCAGCCCGCCGGGUCGGGCCGGGUCCCGCCCGCGGGAGCAGUCCCAGGUGGAAUCUUACACUAAAAGGCACCAUGAUAGUGAUGACUGACAUCACAGCAGCCCCCAGGCUGGGGUCCACUGCCACCACUCCAGCUGUGGCUCCCAACUUCUCCUGGAUGCCAGAGGAUGGCAGACCCACAGCUAUGGAGCAGCCAAUAUUCCUCAUGACCACCGCAGCUCAGGCCAUCUCAGGUUUCUUUGUGUGGACAGCUUUGCUCAUCACCUGCCAUCAGAUCUACAUGCAUCUCCGCUGCUAUAGCUGCCCAAAUGAACAGCGCUAUAUUGUUCGAAUCCUCUUCAUUGUACCCAUCUACGCCUUUGAUUCAUGGCUUAGUCUCCUAUUCUUCACUAACGACCAGUACUAUGUUUACUUUGGCACAAUACGGGACUGCUAUGAAGCCUUUGUAAUAUACAACUUUCUCAGCCUCUGCUAUGAGUACCUGGGUGGGGAGAGCUCCAUCAUGUCUGAGAUCAGAGGGAAACCGAUUGAGUCCAGCUGUGUAUAUGGGACUUGCUGCCUGUGGGGAAAGACCUAUUCUAUUGGAUUCCUGAGGUUCUGCAAACAGGCUACCCUGCAGUUUUGUGUGGUGAAGCCCCUCAUGGCGAUCAGCACAGUCAUCCUUCAGGCCUUUGGCAAGUACCAGGAUGGUGACUUUGAUGUAACCAGUGGCUACCUCUACGUGACGAUCAUCUACAACAUCUCUGUCAGCCUGGCGCUGUAUGCCCUCUUCCUUUUCUACUUUGCCACGCGUGAGCUGCUCAGCCCCUAUAGGCCGGUCCUCAAGUUCUUCAUGGUGAAGUCUGUCAUCUUCCUGUCCUUCUGGCAAGGGAUGCUCUUGGCCAUCCUGGAAAAGUGUGGUGCCAUCCCCAAAAUCCACUCUGCCAACGUGUCUGUGGGUGAAGGCACCGUAGCUGCUGGGUAUCAAGACUUCAUCAUUUGUGUGGAGAUGUUCUUUGCAGCCAUUGCCCUGCGCCAUGCCUUCACAUACAAGGUGUAUGCGGACAAGAGACUUGAUGCACAAGCUGUUCCAUCAUAUGGACCAUACGGUCGCUGUGCUCCCAUGAAGAGCAUCUCCAGCAGCCUCAAAGAGACUAUGAACCCUCAUGACAUUGUGCAAGAUGCGAUCCACAACUUCUCCCCAGCCUACCAGCAGUACACCCAGCAGUCAACACUGGAGCAUGGCCCACCCUGGCGCAACGGUGGUCAUGUCAUCUCACGCUCGCACAGCUGCUCGGGUGCUCGCGAUAACGAGAAGACCCUCCUGCUGAGCUCUGAUGAUGAGUUCUAGGAGAGGAAACAGCCAGCGCAGGCUGGAAUUUUCGCUCUUUUGUUGUUGUUGGGGUUUUCUUCCUUUCUUUUAAUUUAUUGAAACAGAAACACGCAAGUCAUAUCACUUCCUAAAGAGUGCAGAUUGCAGAAGUGGACGCUUCCCAUUAGCUUCUGUGGGUAUGGACACAAUGAGUAGUGUGAAGGUGGGGAAAUGGCCAGAAGUCCUCUCUCUCAGCCCAUUUCUUAGAGUAGUUGCCUGAGAUUGAUUGAAGCAAAGGGCUGUGGUCUCCCAUGCCUGCCCAACUUGGUGUGGAGUGUGACUUACCAGAGCCUAGAGUUGUGGUGAAAAAUGUUUUCUUUCCAACUGGACAACAUGACUGCUUUGUAUUCCUCUUUUUGAAUGGUUAUGUAGGCACAGCUUGCUCCCCCAGCUCCCUGGUACUAACUUCACUGUGAUCCUUGGGAAAUGGGAUUAGGAUGCAGCGAUAAGAAUCCUUGAGGACGAGACCAGAGAUUGGUCUCUCUGUAGCCAAUGCCUUGAAUACUUAAUGAGAAACAUCUGCCACCCCUUAAGCACCUGACUGUGCAGUCCUGUACUUGAGUGAGUGAGGGGACAAAGGACAGGAAUUUCCUCAUGUUCUUCUCACCUACAUUCCCUGCCUGAAGCUGAUGCUCACUGAAGCUCAGUGGGGGUGGAACUGCUGUCUUAGGGUGUCGGGUUUUCUAAUUACCAGGUGUCUAAGCUUCCCAUCUUCCCUGUGUUCCUACAGCAAGAUACCUCCCUGCAGUGUUUCUCCUGCUAAGGAAGCUGAGGAUUGGCCAUGAUAGGUGGUAGAAGUACAAUAUUGAAGUUUGUACAACCCUGAUCUUUUGGUCCUUCUUGGGGUAAGGAAAACAUGAAAAAAUAAAAUCUUCUCUCUCAUUGUUUCCUGCCCCCCACUAAUACAACUGCCCCUCUUUAAAGUUGUGGAUUUCACUGCUACUGCUAGAGUAUAUGCCCAUCUUUUUGCAGAUAGCCUUCCUCAGGCUCAUCAUCGCUGAAUUCCUAUGUGAGCUGCACAAGUGUUGCCCUUAGGCUGGAGUAUUCAGAAAGGGAUGUUGCACACUCCGUCUUGCUUUUUAUCUCUGUUGUUGUCCAGGACAAACUGGAGCAGAUUUGAAAGCUGACACAACUUGGCUGGUUAAAAUUGUCCUUUAUAAUUUCACAGGCAGCACUUGCUGCUGCUGCUGUACACUUUACUGACCUAGCAGCAACUCCAAUGCUAUUAAGGUUGGAGCCAGAAUCCACUGAAGUGAGAAAAGAAGCUUCCCCUUGCUUUUGUUGGGCUUUGAAUGGGCCCCUAGAUGUUUAGCAGAGCCACAUUAAAACCAGUCCCUCUGUAGAUCUAUCCAAGCACCAAGAAAUACCUCUUGCUUGUUUAAAAUUGGCUAAAAUGAGGCAAGGGGGCACACAGUCAAGUAUCAUAGAUGAGAUUGCGCCUGUGGGCAGGAAGUAAAGAGGAGAGGCUACAUCAGGCUCCUUUCUCCUUGGCUGUAGUUUCACUGUUCCUCUCCUGCUUGAUGCCCACUGUGCCAUCAGCAGACUUGUGCAUUUCCAGAUUGUGUCUAGUCCCUCUGCCAGAACUGGAUUCUGAUUUAUUUUAUGGAACUUACCUUUCCUCUUGUGUCCCAGUAUAUAUACAUGCUCAUUCAUUUUCUCACAAGCUAUGGGGAGCAAAGAGCCCCUUCUUUGUUCAGCACCCCUCCCAGGAAUGUCUAGUCAGGAGUAGGUGGGAAGCGGGCUCAAAGAUGGGCAGGUUUGUUCUCUGCUGUGAGGCUAAGGUGGGGGAAGGUGAAGAGGACCCUGGGCAGCAUAUCCAUCCAUACUUGCAUGUCUGAGGUGGGCAGUGAAGGGGAUGGGAGCAGUGGUGCCAACUCCUGAGGGAGUUGGGGAGAGGAUCAGUGAAUGCAAAAGCUUCUGUGCUCCUGGAUUUCCUUGUUUGUACAUAUCCUGCAAUGCCAACAGUUAGUUGCUGUUUUUCCUAAAUCUGUCACUACUUAAAUGGACAUGCUGAUGCUAUCUACCAGACUUUUUUCUGGGCAUGGUGUAAAACACUUUCCUUAUCCCAUAACCUUCCUGGAAAGCAGGACUGGAGACUGAAUGGGCUUUCCUUCCAUCUUCCAUACCUUUGGUUAAUAGUUCUUUAGUGCUUAGUAUUUAUUUUAAACUUCCCUGCUCUCUUAGGCAAGUGGGGGACAGGGCACAGCCCAUUCCCCCUUCUUACUGCAUUUGCAGGACUUUAUGAUAUCCCAGUGUCACUUGGUGACUGUCCCUGAUGUUUGUUGCAUUGGGUAGCUGAGACCUGAAAUCUCUGGGAUUGUCCCAUUGAGCUUGAAGAUGAUCCAGGUUUGGGGAAGCAUUUUUAAAGUUACUUUAAAAUUUAUGCUGCAUAUAUUGUGCAUAGGAUCUGGAUAUUCUUGAAGCUUCAUGUAUGUAGUGAUUUAAAGUAUAACCACUUUGCACUAGCUACCUUCAGAGAAGCCUAGUGAAGAUUAGCACCCGAACAAUAGCCAGCUGCCACACAUUGUAAUUUUAUAUAUAUUUUUUUAAUGCUACACAAUAUAAUCUCUGAGCUUACUGCUGUCCCUCAAGACAGGCAAGGGCUAGAACAAGGAUUGGCUCUGUAGCCACUCUGUCUUGGAGGAACAAAUAUGUAGUAAGACCGGAGCUUGAAACCAAGGCCAAGACACCCUACGGUCUUGUAGAUCUGUUAGUGGUAGCCAAGGGCCCUAAUAAAUAUGCCAGUUUCAAGAGUAUGCCCUUGGAGCUGUUCCCACUCACCUGCUACCCCUCUUCUUUCCUCUUUGUUUACCAUGUAACAUACCCAUGGGAUUUGUUUAUUAUUUUUCCAUAUAGAGUAGUUCUUUGUAUAUAAAUGACUGAAAAAAAAAUGUAUGAUAAAUAAGACAGAGUCACCUAGUUUUGUACCUAUUGUGUUUAACUGACGUGAGCUCAGCGACAAGGCGCUCUCUCUAUUUUGGUCUUUGUGACGUUAUACUCUGCAGAAAUGAGCAAAUAUGAUGACAAAUAAAAAUAUAGAGAUAAUUUAGAUUGUA